AUGGGCACUUGGACGGCGUCGCCACCCGUGGCCGCGGCCACCUCCAACUCUGCCGGCGUCCAACUGACCGCGGCCACCGUCGAGGGGGUCCGCGUGAAGCCGCGCGUCUCGACUGUUGCUCCCGCCUCCGGUCCCACCGCAUCUGGCCCCAAGACUCCUCCCGCCUCGGGGCAGCACACUUACGUCGCCUACGACGUAUCCCAACUGGACAGUGUCGGCCAGCAGACGCUCAACGACUCACAAGUGGCCGUGGCCGUUGCCUACGCCUACACGGUGCUGCCUUGCCAUCUGGGGGAGGCCGUCUCCCAGGCGAAUCAGGACGAGCCCGUCCACCGACCCGAGUCCCGAGGGUGUCCGACCUCGUGUCCUCCCGACGGUAGGCAGGCGGACAAGAGGUCUCGGCCACCACUGAGCAGGCCCAGCCGCAGUUGUGAACACCUCGGGUCGCGGCGGGCCGUACCCAUGGCACCGGUUUCGCUGCCUCCUUUCUGCAGGUCUCAUCGUUCCAGGUCGCUCGAGGCGAAUCCUCUCGCGCUAGUGAACAUGCCGGUCGAGUUUGCUGGUCAUGUUAGCAACGAGACUGACGUACAGAAACAGACGGACAUAAAGGCUUCAGUCGGUCAAGAGGCUGAUCAAGGCAGGCCGAGCAACAGGGGUAAACGGAGUAGUAAUGGAUACUGCUUCAUUACCGCCCUCCUUGCCGACGGUGAAGAGGUAAACAAGCCCACUAGCAACCCCGGUCAUGGUAUUAGUCUCGACAAUGGCGCAAUCGGCAUCGGCGUCGACAACAACGAGGCGCCGCCCGAGGAC